AUGGUGUCCAGCAAGUUUUCUCUCGUCGCCACGGCUGUUGCAGCCCUGGCUCCCCUGACGUCUGCUUUCGAUGCCUCCUCAAGAUCCAACCUUGCCAUCUACUGGGGUCAAGGUCCUGACCAGCUCCGUCUGAGCCACUUCUGUAAAGAGACCUCCUUGGACAUCAUCAAUAUUGGAUUCAUCAACUAUUUCCCCGAUAUGAGCCCGGGACACUGGCCGGGCUCCAAUUUUGGCAACCAGUGCGACGGUUCCUACUACGUUACUAAUGAUGGCGUUGUAACCAAGUUGCUGUCCGGCUGCCAUCAAAUCAUGGAGGAUAUUCCCAUCUGCCAGGCGGCUGGUAAGAAGGUCCUGCUGUCCAUCGGUGGUGCCUAUCCCCCAGACCAGAGCAUCCUCUCCGAGGACAGUGCCGUCGCGUUCGCCACUUUCCUGUGGGGAGCUUUUGGUCCAGUCGCUGAGGGCUGGGAGGGUCCUCGUCCCUUUGGAAAUGUCGUUGUUGAUGGUUUUGACUUUGACAUUGAGCACAAUGGUGGUUUUGGCUAUGCUACCAUGGUCAACACCUUCCGUCAGUACUUCAACCAGGUGCCGGAGCGCAAAUUCUAUCUCUCGGCUGCUCCUCAGUGUAUCAUCCCCGAUGCCCAGCUCAGUGAUGCAAUCUUGAACGCCGCCUUCGACUUCAUCUGGAUUCAAUACUACAACACCGCUGCAUGCUCGGCUAAGAGCUUCAUCGACACCACUCUCGGAAAGUUCAACUUCGACGCCUGGGUGACCAUCCUCAAGGCGUCUGCCAGCAAGAACGCCAAGCUCUAUGUUGGUCUCCCGGCCAGUGAGACUGCAGCCAACCAGGGUUACUACCUUACUCCCGAUGAGGUGGAGUCCCUCGUUUCCACCUACAUGGACCGGUACCCCGACACCUUUGGAGGUAUCAUGCUUUGGGAGGCUACCGCAUCCGAGAACAACAAGAUUGAUGGCGCCCCUUAUGCCGACCACAUGAAGGAUAUCCUUUUGGACUGUGACCCGAGCCCUCCCGUAACCUCCUCCAGCGCUAUCCCAUCGAGCACUCCGGCGACCUCGGCCACACCUUCGCCAUCAAGCAGUGCUGUGCCUUCUAGCACCCCUGCCGUCUCUGAGACCCCAUCUCCGUCUAGCAGUGCCGUUCCUUCCAGCACCCCGACUCCUUCUCCGAGCCCUUCCCCCUCUAGCUCCGUCGCACCUUCGAGCAGCCCUGUCUCCUCAAGCAGCGCAGUUGCCUCGAGCACUCCCGUUUCGUCCAGCACCCCGGUCAUUCCUGGAACCUCUGCUUCGAGCAGCCCUGUCCCCUCAAGCAGCGCAGUUGCCUCGAGCACUCCUGUUUCGUCCAGCACCCCGGUCAUUCCCGGUACUUCAGUCUCUAGCAGCGCCGUCUCCUCAAGCACUGCGGUUGCUUCCAGCAGCCCUGUGUCUUCGAGCACUCCUGUUGUUCCUGGAACAUCUGCUUCGAGCAGCCCUGCCUCCUCAAGCAGCCCAGUUGCCUCGAGCACUCCUGCUUCGUCCAGCACCCCGGUCAUUCCCGGCGGCUCGUCCUCUUCUAGCGAGGCAGUCGCAUCAUCGACUCCUCCGAUUACCUUGACACUGACAGUUUCGCCUACGCCCGCGCCCAGCUCAUCCGGCUCCAGCUCUACCGAUUUGUCCAGCUCUACCCAGACUGACGUCGGCACUUCCCCAUCGCAAACCGCCGGUCCAUCGACAACCGCCACUGCCACCACGUCCUCGUCUUCCUCUUCCACCGACAAGAGUUCUACUACUGUCGGCAGUGGCAACGGCAAUGGCAGCGGAUCGACAACCACUACCGCGGCGACCGACUCCAUCACGGCUGCGCCUACCGUCACCUCUUCAGCCGCCGCUACCGGUGCCAGCUCAGAGCCUGUGACCAUUACCACUGUUAUUGUGACUUCCUACAUCGAUAUCUGCCCUACUGGCUUCACUACUGUGACUACUACGUACACAACCACAUACUGCCCAGGUACUAACACUGCGACCGCCACGGCCACGGUUACAAACCCUCCAUCUGGACCUGGUGGAGCCGGAUCGCAAACCACAGCGCCCGCCGUUCCCGAAGGCUGGACCACCACUGUGACCGUCUGCACUCAGUGCGCUGCCAAGCCAACCACCGUGACGUUGACACUGCCUGUGACUGAAACUGGGUCGAAGUCGACCGACGUUGUGCCCGCACCCCCUGCCGCUACUGGCGAGGGAUCGAACCCUACCCAGCCAUCGGGUGCUUCCCCCACCGGUGGUGCCGGCGGCUCUUCUGAAGGACAGGUUCCUCCCCCAGCAGUGACUCAGGUCAGCACGAGCACCGAUACCGUGACUGUGGUUCGUCCCACUUCGAGCCGCCCCCUGAUCCUCGGUACCGGCACUGUCCGCCCUUCGUCGACGCUGGCCGUGAAGCCAUCGGCCAAGCCUUCGGGUCAAACCUCCGGCAGUGGCUCUCACGUGCCCAUUCCUCCCAGCUACACUCAAGAAGUUGUGUCGCCCUUGUCCACCGGUGCCGCCUCGCGCAUGACUGGACUGGGCCACGGCUUGGUCCUCACGGUUCUCGCCCUGUCGGCGUUCUUCGUGCUGUAG